AGGCAGGGCAGGCACCAACAACGACACGUUGGCUAAGCCAGAUACACUUCGAAGUUGGGGUAGGUCAUAAGCAACGCUCCCAUUUCAAUCUACUGGUGCACUUUCAACAUCAUUUUCAUCAUGUUGCCUUUAGCUCUUUCACCUUGAUUUGUACAUCUAUGUGAGUGAGCAUCGUAUUAGGUAAUGGCCACAACUGGAAGUAAUCGUUGUUCGCCUGGGAGCGACCGGGCAUUCGGACCCCGAGUCGACCCCGACUGUCGCUCCUUCGACUUCACCCUCCAAUUCGAGGAUAUUUUCUUCGCGUGCCUGCCAGCUGCGGUCUUCUUAGCGCUCCUGCCUGCCCGUAUUACGGCAUUGCUGCUCCCCCAUCUCCGGCGGAACUCACCCGCCGGCACCCCUGUCGUCUUUCCUCUCCGCUCUAAACUCUUAGCGAUUAAGCUCGCCGCACUUGCCGGCUUACUAGCUGCUCAAUUAGCGUUCCUAGCUCUCCGGAUCCGGCAUCCGGCAUUCGCUACGAACGCUUCGCUUGCUUCCGACAUCCUGAGCGCCGUAGCAACCGUCGCAGCCUUAGUCCUGUCAUUCGCGGAUCAUACGCGUGCAUUGCGACCCUCUACACUUCUCGGCCUUUACCUCUCCGUACUAGUGGUACUUGGUAUCCCGCGAACGCGUACUUUCUGGCUAUUGCUACAUCCCAGUAGCGCCAAUGAGGACCGUUCCGUUCCUGCAGUAGCCACUCUUGUCUUUGCCCUGACUAGCGUAGCGUUACUAUUGGAGUCUAUUGAGAAGAAAAUAGAUAUCGCAAUAAGUUCGGCUCCAUCUCAAGCUCGAAGCGAUGACGAAGGGGCCAAAGACGAGGAUUCUCCUGUCAAGGCUAAAACUCUAGCGCCUGAACAGAGGAGCGGAAUAUGGACUCGAACUGGCUUCACCUGGCUUGCUGCCACGUUCCGCGCUGGUUAUACUAGGAUCAUUACGCUGAAUGACCUUCCGCCUCUCGAUACAGGGCUCGAAAGCGGACAGCUGGGGAAGACGCUCGAGGCAACUUGGACUCGCUAUAACCCCCAGGCUAAACAUAGCCUUCUUCGCGCAUGCUUCCAAGGCUAUCUGUUCUCGCUCCUAUCGGCCGUCGUACCUCGGCUCUGCCUGACAGCAUUCACCUUCGCGCAGCCAUUCCUAGUCGACACAACUGUGACGUUCGUCGGCCAAGAAAAUCCCGAUUCUAACUAUGGGAAGGGUCUAAUUGGUGCGUGGGCUCUUGUUUACCUAGGUGUAGCGGUUUCUACUUCCAUAUACCAAUACCAGAACUUCCGAUUUAUAACUAGGAUGCGGGGUGGUCUCAUUGCGCUUAUUUACGCCCGAACGGUCUAUAGACGAACAGCUGACAAGGGAGAGACCACUGCGAUGGCCCUCAUGAGCACGGAUGUAGAAAGGAUAGUGACUGGGAUGCAGUUAUUCCACGAGACCUGGGGUUCAUUGGUGGAUAUUGCCAUUGCUAGCUGGCUUCUUGGCUUGCAGAUGUCCGUUGCUUGUCUCGCCCCCAUAGUCCUCAUUAUCAUAUUUAUCGCCGCUACAUCCAAGGUGUCUAUGGGGGCCCGAACUGCCCAAGUUCAAUGGAUCGAAAAAGUCCAAGAGAGACUUAAGGUCACAUCCAACUUCCUAGGGAAUAUGAAGGCUGUCAAGAUGCUCGGGCUCUCGUCUGUGAUGUCGUCGACCCUUCAAAAACUCCGAAUGGAUGAGGUAAACACAUCCAAGGCAUUCAGAAAACUCUUGGUUUGGACAUUACUACUGUCUCUUACUCCUAUCAACCUUGCACCCGUUGUUACUUUCGCCGUAUAUGUAAUAAUAGCGAUCUUCUGGAAGAACCAAUCCCUCCUAGCUGCGCAGGCUUUCACCUCAAUCGCCUUGAUCAGUCUGCUGACGACCCCAGUGGUUAUCUUCAUCCAAGCACUUCCACAAGUUUUCCAAUGUAUCGGAAGUUUUGAGCGUAUCCAGGAAUACUGUAACAAUGCGACGAAUUCUGAUACGAAUGAUCAUGACUCAGUGCACAGCGAUUCAAAUAGCGCUCCUCAACGUCUUUCAUCGCCGAAAGGCAGCGAAAAACACGCCCACAUAGUAGAAAACAGGCUUGUUUCCAUACAAGGCCAAAGUUUCGCAUGGGCCAAAGACAAGCCAGCCGUAUUGAAGGAUAUCAACGUGAAUAUUCAUGAGGGAGGAGUCACGGCGAUCGUAGGACCUGUCGGAAGCGGAAAGACGGCUUUCCUCAACAGCUUACUGGGUGAAAUGAUCACACUAACUCCGGCUCCCGGAGAUAACCCUCAAGAACAUAGUAGAAUUCGCGGGGCAAUAGCUUACUGCGCACAGGCGCCGUGGCUCGAGAACAAGACGGUACGUCAAAAUAUCAUUGCCGUAUCGGCUUAUGAGAAAAAGUGGUAUGACAAUGUGACGUAUGCCUGCGGCCUUGAUCCCGACUUACGCCAACUACCUGGACGCGACCUUACCAAUGUUGGGAGUACAGGCCAGAACUUGAGCGGUGGUCAGAAACAACGCAUCGCCUUAGCCCGCGCUGUUUAUGCUGGGCAUAAAGUCGUUGUUCUCGAUGAUGUCUUCAGUGGUAUGGAUUCCGGCACCGCGAGUCUGGUAGCAUCACGUCUUCUCGGCCGCGAUGGCCUUCUUAGAAAACGCCAAGCAACUGUGGUUUUAGCUACACAUAACAAAAAUAUCAUGGUGCUCACGGAUUCUAUAAUUGUGUUCAAGGACGGCAGUAUAAUAGAGACUGGGAGCCCCACAGAACUCUUGCAAGGCGACGGCUACGUCAGCAAACUUGGAAUUUCUAUGCAGCCCGAGUCCAAUGCUGAGAAUACCGAGGAUAACCCUGAUGCUGAUAACUCCGAGUUGACCCGCGAGACUUCUCGGCUAUCAACCCAAAUGGCUGAGGAGACAAACAAGUUACUCACAGAUAUUCGACGAAAGCACGGAGAUUUGGCCGUCUACAAGUACUACUUCACCAAUGCGGGUUACCUCGCAGUCGGUAUGUAUCUGGGGUUUGUGACUCUCUGGAUGUUCUGCACAGAGUUCUCGACUGUUGUGGUGAACUGGUGGUCUGAAGCAAAUGCGAUUGAGCCCAACAAAGAUGUAGGGUUGUAUAUGGGAAUAUAUGCGAUGCUCGGUGUUCUUGGAGUUAUCGGUGCUUCCGUAGCAGCUUGGUUCGCAAUAAUCUCUAUAGUAUCAAACACGGCAGCCAAUCUUCAUGCUGAUUUACUUGAAGCCGUAGUCAAGGCGCCAUUCCGCUUCUUCGCUUCUACGGAUAGCGGUGAACUCCUCAAUCGAUUUAGCCAAGAUAUGGAACUCGUAGACAUGGAGUUACCCCUAGUGAUGGUGAAUUACACGUCCACUGCUGUAUCUAUCGUGAUCAAGGUCGUAAUCCUCGCGAUCUUCUCCAAAUACCUCGGCGUAACGAUCCCCUUCGUAGCUCUAGCCGUUUACUUCCUACAACGAUUCUACCUACAGACAUCGCGACAAGUGCGUCUUCUCGGAAUCGAAGCCCGUGCCCCGCUAUAUACGCACUUCGGUGAAACGACCGAUACCGCUGAAGGCAGCGCGACAAUCCGCGCAUUUGGCUGGCAAUUGCAUUACCGCCAUCGCAAUUACCAGUUGGUCGACGACUCUCAGCGACCCGUCUAUCUCCAGAGCUGCAUCCAGCACUGGCUUGCGUUUGUAUUGGACUUGCUGGUGGCCGCGCUAGCUGUGGUGCUGGUAGCCGUUGUUGUCACAUGGCAUGAUCGCUUCUCCCCGGGUAGCGUCGGUGUGAGUUUGCUCGUCGUGGUGCGCUUCAGUGAGACCCUUGCGCGUCUAAUACAGAAUUGGACGAAGCUCGAGUCAAGUGUUGGGGCUGUCGCUCGUGUCAAACGGUUCGUGGCAGAUACGGAGACUGAAGAGGAAGACAAGCCGGAGGCCGGGGCUGCGACAGACUCUCAGCUGCCUCCGGAUUGGCCAAGUAAUGGUGCGAUCAAGUUUGUCGAUGUCGCCGCUUCAUACGGGCCCACCGUAGAGCCAGCACUAAAGAACAUCUCCCUAUCUAUUGAGUCUGGCCAACAUGUAGCCAUCUGCGGGCGCACUGGUAGCGGCAAGACAUCCAUGCUACUUGCGCUAUUGCGGAUGCUGGAUGACUCGUCAUCUCAAGGUCGAAUUGAAAUCGACGGCGUCGACAUCACCACCGUAAAUCGCGCCGACCUUCGCGCACGUAUCAACGUCAUACCUCAAGACCCGUUCUUUGUUCCAGGAACCCUGCGCUUCAAUAUGGAUCCUAUUUCUUCUAAUUUUACUCUAGCCUCCGACGCUUCUCGUGCUCCAAGUAGCAGCGAUGGAGAGAAGGUUAACGACAAGAUGAUUCACCGCGCAUUGGAGAGAGUGGGCCUUUGGGACUCUGUCAACACACAGGGAGGUAUAGAUAUCUUGCUAGAUCCAACAUCGUGGUCUGCUGGCCAGAGACAGCUGCUAUGUCUUGCCAGAGCUAUGGUGCAACAGUGGAAGAAGAGUAGCAAGGGUGGCAUCUUGGUGCUCGAUGAGGCUAUGAGCAGCGUUGACGAUGAGACCGAGUCUAUCAUGCAGGAAAUAAUUGAUUCCGAAUUCAAAGAGUGCACUGUCCUAGCCGUUAUGCACCGGCUACGUCACGUACCGCGCAGUUACGAUGUAGUCGCACUCCUCGACUCCGGAGAGCUACUUGAGUACGGUACUCCGGAAACACUCAUGGAGGGAGAUUCGAAGUUUAAGGAACUGUAUCGUCUACAUGGUGAUACUUAAAGUCGUAGAAAUAAUCUGUAGCUAGCCACCAACAAGAGUUAGCCGGCCCCAUCUAUAUAGCUAUUAUUGUCUAGGCACCGUAAAGACAUCCGCCUUUGCUUGUGUACCCUCUUUAUCCCCCUUCUCUUCAAAAAGAUGAGUUGAACCAAGGGAAACUACGUAGGCAAACGGAUCGAUAAGCGGAGGGCAGGUGCAGAUUCCCGGUUAGAUACUAGGUAGAAAGAAUGGGGCCGGACCGAAGAAACCCCAUUAUUUUCUUCCCGGACCC